GAAUGCCGUCAUUGUUGCAUUGUUAUGUGUUCGAGUGUACGAAAGAAGUUUGUACAGUGGCUUGUUUGCAUUUUCAUUGUUUUUGACGCGAAAAAUAAAACUACAAUGCUGUGACAUAUAUCGUUCAAGUGUCAAAUAGCACAUAAAACCGUAUUUAAAUGAAAAACCUCUGUUAACAAUAGUUGGCUUGUGGUUGCCUAUGUCGUUUACCUAUUCCCCUUGUGCAAACCCCGGGUUGUGGGAAUGUGUAAGAAAAUUAGUAAAAUGCUCGGAACGAUAAAAAUUGUGCAAGUGAAAAAUAUGUUGAUUAAUGUUUAAUUAUUACUGUGAGGUGAAUUGAUAAUUCUGUAUGAAUUUAAAAUUAACGGAUUUCAAUAUGGAAGUGACUGAUAGUGAUACGAAUUCCAGCAAUUAUAAGGAGACGAAUAAAAGUGAACCAUCCAACACGUCUCCUGAAGACGAUGCAACUGGCUGCGAAGAUGAGGACGAGGAUGAGCUACUACCUUCAACUUCAUCUUCAUGUAAAUCUGCACAACUAAAGCCAUCACUUGAUUCAGCAUGCUCAAGUAUCCCAGUCAGUUCCUCAAACGUUGAAAUAGGAUCUUCCCGUUCCCCGAAAUGCUACACCAAACUCCCUGCCGACGUGCGAGUAUGUCUAAUCGGUGACUGUGCGUCGGACACGGCCGUCUGCGCAGCGGCUAGGGUUUUUGGAUAUCCGGUGGUCACGGACCCUCAAUGCACAGCAGCGAAAGAUGGUAAUGACCCACAAAAUGGCGGUUGCAUUGUUUAUGUCAUGAGGGAGUUUGCAGGCGAAGCAUACGAGGUUCUUCAUAAGACUAGACACAGGAUAAUUGGUCCCACCGCUUUGUGUCAACUGGCAGAUCGGCACCUUCCAAUGCCUUUGUCUUCGCGGCCUCUGUACUCAUUGUCGAUGUCCGGGCUCGUUGUCUGUUUCACGGGCUUCCGGAAGAAGGAAGAUUUAACGCGACUCAUUGGUUUAAUACAUCACAUGGGAGGAUCUAUACGGAAGGAUAUGGUGUCUAAGGUUACACACCUCAUAGCUAAUUGCACAGGAGGCGAAAAAUACCGUUAUGCUAUGACUUUCCGGGUUCCUGUUGUUUCAGCAAAAUGGGUUGAAAGCAGUUGGGAAAAGAGACAAGAUAUCACUCACGAUGCCAGGAAUGAAGCAUUCAUUUCUGAACACAAACUUAAGCCUUUUCAAGGCUCACGAGUAUGUUUCCUCGGUUUUCCAGCUGAUGAGCAACAACAUAUGUCGGAGAUUUUAGUUGAGAAUGGAGGUGUCCUUGUAGAAUUGGAAGAUCCUUCAUGCACGCAUGUGGUAAUGCCUAACGGAGAGAUGUUCUCUAGUUCUCGUUCGCGUUUCAACAUCACAUCACAAUCCGCCACCCAAAAAUGCCUAAAAACUCCUGAUCAAUCUUCCUAUACCCAUUUUCCUAACAAAGUAACUCCAAUGGGAUCAGGCCGGAGCGAUAAAAAAUCUCUGUACCUUAAUAAUAUGGAAAGUACACCUGUGCUAAGUCACUGCACGCCACGAAAACGUUUAUCAUCAAGCGAGUGCCUUCAUUUCGAUGAUUUACAAAUUGAUGAUGACAUGAGGAAAAAUUGUGCUGAUUUUUCAAUUAUGGAGGAAGAGAAGGAAAUUGAUACGGAACGAAGUACUAGAAGUGUUAUUGUUUCGCCAACAAGAAAAAGACCUCGCGACAGUCCAGAAGCAGAGGAAUUAAAAACUUCCAAAAUGUCACCACCAAAAUUUUAUUCUGCUAAAAAACCUAAAUUACAAUCCAGACCAUCUUUAAAACGUAGCCUGAGUUUUGUUGCAAUGCGAACUCCUUUGGCAAAUAUGCUGAAAAGUAAGAAGAUAACGAAAAAGGUAUCUGAUGAGGAAGAAAGUGCAAUGAAUGAAUCCAGAGUUGAGGAAAUAAAUUCUGCAAGCAAAAAAUCCGAUUGGAAUAAGUUGAAAAUGAAGUUAAUGAACAAGAAACAGACAGAAACUGUUGUCAGCACAUCCGAUUCAGUAGCUAAAGAUGAUACUGACUACCAGAAUGAAAGCUGCGACAGUGUUGCUGAAUUGAGAAGCAUUGGCGGAAAUUCUUCAUAUAAAACGCCCGUUCGAAGGCGUUCAUUGUGUUGCACUCCUGAAGCCUAUCAACCUCCAUCUCCUUCGCCUCAAAAUAAAGAAGUGGAUCCUUCUUCCCAAAUUCCUUUAGAUAAUGCGGGUGGUGAGGUGACUUUGACUUUGAUCAUUGAUCAUAACAUGAAGACUUCAACGCCGCAUGCCGAGUUGUUCAAACUUGCCGAGGAUGUCAAAAGAGCAUUAAAAUUCUCGGUUGUGGAUGAAAGUACAACUGGAAGCGCACCCGAAACAGCAACAUCAAAGACGCAAAUUGUCAAAGCUGAAUGGUUCUGGAAAUCAGUUCAAAAUGAGGAGCAAGCCGAUGAAAGGGAAUACUUAUUCGAAAAUUAUUUGGAAAGUCUGCUGUCCACACCAGCCCGAACAACUACUCCAGCCAAUGUACCAGGAAUUUCUACACCUGCUAGUGGUCCAUCUUCAACUCGCCAGAGAAAAAGACGUCGAUUGCAUGAGACACUAUCAGCCCUUGCCCAAACUGAUACUACGCUCAAGAGGAGAUCCUCUGUUAGUGAUGCAGGAUUACUUAGUGUUUCAGGGAGUUUUCUGGAUUGUACAGUUAGUCCAGAUAAACAGUUAUUAGAUGAGGGAGAAGGAAUAGAAAUAAAUCGCAAAAACUUGAGUCCAAGGCAGCAAGUUUUUUUGGAAUUAGUUCAAACUGAAUCUAAUUAUGUCAGCAUUCUUCAUACAAUUAUGACGAUGUUCAAAAGUCCUCUUGAAGAAAUGCUUGAGACCAGCCCAAAUGAAGCGAUAUUAAAUGCUACUGAAUUGAAAAUUAUUUUUGGAAAUCUUCCGCCAAUUUAUGACUUGCACCGUAAAAUGCUGGAAGAAUUGCGAUGGGCUUCGUCUCAUUGGGCAGAAGAUACAAGCAUAGGCAAUAUAAUAUUAAAACAUGCACCAGAUCUUGUAAAAGCAUAUCCUCCAUUUGUCAAUUUCUUUGAAAACAUGAAAGAGAUGCUGGUGCAAUGUGAUCAAUCCAAAACCAGAUUUCAUGCAUUUUUAAAAAUUUGUCAAACGAGGCCAGAAUGUGGUAGACAAUCUCUACAAGAAUUAAUGAUAAGGCCUGUACAGAGAUUACCCAGUAUUAGUCUUUUAUUAAAUGACAUUUUAAAGCAUACUCCAAAGAGUAAUUUGGAUUAUAAUGCCUUAGAGAAGGCUCUUGAAAGUAUAAAAGAAGUUAUGACAUACAUCAAUGAAGAUAAAAGAAAAACUGAAGCACAAAUGGUUAUGUUUGAUAUUUUUAAUGACAUCGAUAAUUGCCCACCACAUUUAGUAUCAUCACAUAGAAGCUUUAUCUCACGUUGUGAAGUAAUGGAACUAAGUGAUGGUUUAAGUGGUCGAGGUGAUCAUCUGGUUUUAUAUUUAUUCUCUGAUAUUUUAGAAGUUUGUAAGAAACGAUCCAAAGCCUUUAAUAGCCUUAAAAGUCCAAAUGCAAUAGGUAGUACGCAUUCCACAAAAUUAGGAGCAGGUAAACCUUAUAAACAUGUGAAGUUAAUGCCUCUAAGUCAUGUUAAAAGAGUUAUAGACAUUCAUGAAACAGAAGAUUGUCAUGCAGUAUUUGCUUUAACUUGUCGCAGCAAUCAGGAACUUAAAGAAAAGUUAUAUUCGUUUACAAUUACUGAAGAAGAUGUUGAUAAAACCACUUUUCUACGCAGCCUCUGCAGGCAGAUGGCGAACACAGUUUGCAAAGCUGAUGCUGAUCGUUUUAUGGCAAGUUUAAAUUCAAAACAACUAGAAAUUGAUACAAGUGAUGUUUCACUCGGCACUCUUUCAAAAGCUUUCAAAUUUGCAUCACGAACAAGGAUGAAAGUUGGAAGAGCAUUUUCAUUUAAUAAAACACCAUCAAAAUUCAAGCGUGCAGUUUCAACUAUGAUGUCGCCUUUUGGAAGUACAAAUAAUUUAACUCCGUCCUCUCAAUUAGCUCAGAUGCGGCUUGCCAGUUGCAACAAUAUUAAUGAAUUAGGUGGUGCACCAAAUAAUGUAAACAAUGAAAUGUUGGUGGCUCCAAUGUCUGUACAACCAACACGAAAAACUAAGUGUUCUUCAUUAAGUAUAGCUGCUCUUCGUAGAUUAUAAAAUUUCAAAAAACAC